AUGGAACGACCAUGGAAAGCAUCCCACAAGAGUUGUUCGAAAAGAUCUGAGAGAUGGCAGAUACUGGACUGGGUCGGAACGUCCCAUGCCGAAGAUGCUCGCAGGAGCCUAUGGGGGACCUUCUACACCAUGUCGAACAUCGAGAAUUGGAGUUCAAGCUUCAAAGAUAUCAUGAUUUACACAACGAAACGAAGCUUCAACAAGCAUUGUAGACCAAAGUUUGUGCCAUAUGACGCCAGCAGAAUUACUCUAAACAUAUACCAAAGCAAGGCUAGGAGCAAUCAAAUGCAUCAUGCCAGACCAAUGUUGAAGAAAACAACUGCCCUGAAAGAUGCUCAAGACGUGGCUGAUGAAGAGGCUGAGCAUAAUGGUGAGAGAAAGACAAUGGUUGAAGGAAUUCCAACCUGGUUGCUCGAAAAGACAGCCAAGGCAAAUCUAGAGUUAAAAAUGAUGGUAGAGGUUGGAUCUCUUGAUCCUGAGAUUGGAGAAGAUGAAAGUUGUGCAGAUGGCGGUGGAUAG